UUCUCAACAGCUCCAUCGCAGCCAUGACAGCCACGAGUUUAGAGGCUGCCCUGGCUCAUGUGUUCCGCGCCAGCCCCGAGCUGGAGCAGCACGAGAGUCCCAUCCGUCGGUGCCUGCAGUGGGUAACGGUAGAGGACCCAACGUUUGUCGCGGCGCUGAGGAAGGAGGGCGUGCCUGAGCAGCUGGCCAGCCAGCUGCGCACGGCACUCAAUCGUUUUGGGAGCGGUCGGCGGCUCAGGCGCCACCAAUCGGCGCCAAACGUACAACCGCCGCUGCGUGACGAAGCUGAUGGAACUGACGUAGGGAAACGGGGUGGUUGGUUGGCACGCAUACGCAUCCUCCGAUUCUCUUCUCUCUCUCUCUCUCUCUCUCUCUCCGUAUAUAUGGUCUCCGUGCCUGCAGAUAUCGAAUGUCAACUCACCCGAUCUGGCCAUUGGUGUCCGCUGCCCGGUGAGCACACACUCAAAUGAGAGCCACAGGAGGGCUGCUGACGUGCCUGCCCUGCUUUUCCUGCUCUUCUGACAGUGUCGGCAUCACCCGUCGAGCUCUUCUCGGGUGCGUCGCGGCGAUUUCGCUCCGCCGCGUGCGUUCUCUCCCGUUGGCGUCCUGUCACCAUCGUGCAAAUCGCCUCCAUCCAAGAAGUAAGACUCACCCAUCCAGAGAUGCUAGGGAGGCUUCCUCGCCGCACGCACACACACACAAUUCCUCUCUCCAUGUGUUCCCAUUUGUCUUCUCCUCCGUCCCCAUGCAGGCAAGACAUCCGCCCGUCGCCCGUGAACAACAGGCCGCGAUACUCGGCACCACCCAAGCGCAGCGGCUACCAGGCUCCUGUGGCGGCGCCGGCAGCAGCAGCAGCUGCUGCUGCCGCUUUGCCACAAUACGAUGGCGGGAUGGGAAUGGACAUAGAGGAGGGCAUGGCCAUACAUGAGGAGUUCAUGGGCGGUAUGGGGCAUAUGUAUGGUGGCGACGAGGGGAAACGGGACAGUAGCUCACCACAGACGCCGUUUGGCUUUCACCAGAUGGACAAGUGAGUGGAUGAGCUGGGAGAGGUGCACUGCAAGCCGCUUUUUGUCUGUUUGAUUGAUGUUCUUUUGCUCAUCUUCUUGUCUUCAGUGCCCGUCCUGGUGGUGGUGGUGUGCCUCAUCUGCCGCAGGUCCAGAUGAAGGAGGCAGAGCACGCUGGUUUGAGAGGGUGGCCGCGCAUCAGCCCCAAAACGGUUAGUGCAGCAGGAAAGAACCAAGACAAAAGCGUGCAAACAACACAAGGCGGCGGAUCAUCCCUCCCUCCCUCCCUUUCUUCCUCCAUCCCCCCGUUUCUGUUUGUGUGUCAGUUGGCGGGCUUGCUGCAGGGUGACUUCGACCACAAAGGCUUCUCGGGCUGGACCAUCCUCGAUGCUCGCUGGAAGGCUGAGUACGACGGUAAAGAGAGAAAAACCAUGUGGCACCCGACAGCCCUUCAUGCUGGAUGCUGGUGUGUCGGCAGCGGGGCACAUCCGCAACGCCGUGCACGCCAGGACCAAUGCUGAGGUCAUAGAUGCGCUGUGGGAUAAGAAUGGACAGCCCCUUCGUGACAACAAGCACGUAAGACCGCCACACAGACCUUUGCGAGUGCACACAUGUAUCUGUGCCGCAUGGUCGUGUGCCUACAUGCGCGUGCAUGUGUGUCAGCUGGUGAUCAUCCAUUGCGAGUUUUCGCAGGAGCGCGGCCCCAACCUGAUGAAAGCCAUAACCGACUACCGUGACAACUACGGCAGCUCAGUAAGGCCACACGUUCACCCAGAGAACAACAGCAUGCAGGGCAUCUUGAUGCUCUCUCUCUCUCUCUCUGUGGGUCUGUCUGCAGGAGGACUAUCCGAUCAUGUACGUGUUGGAUGGUGGUUACAGGGCGUUCUGGCACCAUGCACAGGCGGUCGACAGCACACAGAUACUCUGUGACGGGCAGUACAAAAAGGAAGACGCCCUCACGCAGGACGAGGUACACCCCAUCCACCACUACCGCCAGCAAGGGCACACACACAAACAAACAGACGAAGGAAAGAGAUGCGUCAAGACACUCCGUGUCCGCUUCUUUGUCCAUCAGUUGGAGGCGGCUCACCAGGAGCGCAUCGACCGCGACCCGGCGAAGCACCGAGAGCUCGAGAAGAGGACACGUCUACGUCGCAGUGCCACGCCCGACGCCGACAGACCUCCCCCACCCGCAUUCGGUCCCCCGCUCGGAGCGGCGGCCGUCGCUGAGCAGAUGGGCGUCCAUCCGGUCAGGUUCAAGAGCAUCUCUCCAGCCAACUCGUCGCCAGACCAGCAGGAUGACAGAAACGCCGCCCGGGAGAACAAGAAGGCAGAGGGCGCCAAGAAGCCGACGUCUCGGCCUGCCCUGCGUCCUGCCGCUGGCGCUGCUGCUGCUGCUGCUGCACCGAGCGAAAGGGCACCUCACCCAUUCCUCAGGAGUGGGACGGGCUGGGGAGGCAACCCGGGGCGGACCGACAGUAGCCAGGGUGGAGGGCGGUCACGGCAGGGCGCGUCACAGUUCAGUCGGGCUGGGGCUGGAGAACAGAGGGGCGGGAAGCGCCAGAACCAGAAGAAGAACAAGUAGGGGAGGGCAAUGGGAGUGCAUGACCACGUGGCUACUGACUAAAUGCAUGCUG